GUCACUGACAACUGACAGUGAGGCAACCUUGAAAACAACGUAGUCAGAAUGUUCUAGGUCAUAUUUUGAGUAAAGAAACACAAGGAAUCUUUCACUACAAAUUAUGGUACACAAUUUGCUUGGUGUGAAAGGGCAACAAUUAUUUAGGUCAGAAUCUGACUGAGAAUUUUUAACAUGAAUGUAACAACAACAGAUGAAGAAUGGGCAGAUCAGGAAAUAAUGCAACAUAUCCUGGAACAAAGUCUGCUAGAUGCCUGUGCACAGGAUCCUUGUUUGCAUUCUGUUGAAGCAGAAUUGGAGGAUUUCAGGUUCUUACCAAGUAAAGAAAACAGGAAGGUUGUCGAAGCAAUAAAAACAGGUCAGGAAGCAGAUGUGCAACAACUGUCCACUCAUUCCUUUGCAUUUACUGAAGUUGAUGAAAGAGGUUGGCUUCCUCUGCACGAAGCCGCUGCACAAUUAAAUCAGGCAAUUCUUGGAGCUACGUUCAAAGCUUCUCAUCCUAGAACAUGGGAGCAGAAAACUCUGAAGGGUGAAACCCCUCUCUUUCUGGCGGUUCAGUUGAAUCUUAAAGAAAAUGUGCAGUAUUUACUUGAGAAAGGCUGUGAACCCAAUGCCAAGAAUGAAGAGGGUGAUUCUGUUUUAAUAACUGGUGCUGAUGUCCUUUCUCAAGCCUCUGAUGGGGUGUCUGUGUUAUUUGAGGCUGCUGCAAUUGCAGACUCAGAAUGCCUGGCACUCCUAUUGGAAUAUGGGGCUGAUGCCAAUGUUCCUAAAAGUUCUGGUCACCUGCCAAUUCACAGGGCAUCAUACAAAGGGCAUUAUGAAUCAUUGAAGCAGUUGAUCCCAGUUACAGAUUACUCUGCUAUCAAAGAGAGUGGGAUAAGCCCAGUGCACUCUGCAGCAGCAGGUGGUCACCCAGAAUGUCUCAAGUUACUCCUGCAGUUCCAUUUUGAUGUUAAUUUCAUGCUCAGUCCGAGGCUUCGAAGAAGUUAUGAUGAUCACAGGAAAUCUGCUCUCUAUUUUGCUGUCUCAAAUAAUGAUGUCUGUUCUACUCGACUCCUCCUGGAGGCAGGAGCGCUACCAAACCAAGAUCCUAUCAACUGUCUUCAGGUAGCUCUGAGAAUGGGCAAUUAUAAACUUAUAAACUUGCUUCUUCGCCAUGGGUCCAAUGUAAACUACUAUUGCAGAGUGAACACAACUCACUUUCCAUCUGCUCUGCAAUAUGCAUUAAACGAUUAAGUCAUGUUGAGGAUGUUGUUCAGUUAUGGAUAUGAUAUCCAUCGAUGCUUUGAUUGCCCUCAUGAAAACAAAAUUCAUCCUCAAUUUUCUUCUGAAGGAUGGACACCAUCAGUCAUUAGAGACAACAUGUUUUGUGAAGUCAUUACUUUAAACUGGUUGAAGCAUCUAUCUGGAAAAGUGAUCCGUGUGAUGUUGGAUUAUAUGGCUCAUGUUUACUUCUGCUCUAAGCUGAAAGCCACGCUUGAACAACAAACUGAAUGGCCAGAGAUCAGGCAUAUCUUGAAAAAUCCACGUUCUUUGAUGCAUCUGUGUAGGCUGAAGAUCCGAAAAUGCAUGGGCCGGAUGAGAUUGAGGUGUCCGGUAUUUAUGACAUUUCUGUCUUUACCCAGUCGCCUUAAAGAUUACAUUCUCUUUAAAGAAUAUGAUCUUUAUAAUGAAAAAGGAACCUGUUAGAUUACUGAUAAUUCAAUUUUAUAUUUUUAAGGUAACUUCAAAAAUAUAUUGAUAACUUCACAGAUAUGUUUUGUGAGAAAUUUUAAAAUGUAGCAAGGUUAUUAUUUUGCUUCAAUCAAUUAAGUUAAAGACAACUAAAUAUUUAAUUGACAUUAUGAUUUAUUAUUUAAGUUUGAAUAUAAUUUAAAUUAAAAUAAGUGACAUGGGUCUGUUGCUUCAGUAUACUGAUUGUCACUGGCACGCGAGAAGAUGUCUAAAAUGAAGACAGCAAAGGGAAAGAAUGAGAAUAAAUUGAAGCUCAUUAUCAAACUGUUUGAGGCAACAGACAUUGAAAGUUCAUAAAGGACUGGCUUAUUUAUUUCAUAAAAGUAUUGGUUCUAUUUUUGGAUACUCCAUUGUGAAAUUCUGAAAUAUGUAUUUAGGCACAAUGGUUUUUAACAAUUAUUUAAUAAUAGAUAAAAACAAAUGAAAUAAGCUGUAGUUUCCAGUAUUUAACUUUUUAGGAUUUAUUAAUCAUUGAACAUUGGCUUGUACAUAUAUUUUCAAACUUUAGGUAGAAGCCAGUACAAUGCCAUUAAUCAAAAUAUAUUGGUACA